AUGGCCUCCUUCGAUCCCCCAAGUACUCUCAAACCCGCAGAGGUCGCAGCCACGAUGGUCCAGCACGGCCUCGCGAAGCACCGCACCCGCGCCGACAUCCUCUUCUUCAAGGCCUUCCUCGCAGGCAACAUGCUCUCCUACGGCGGCCUCCUCUCCGAGAUCAUCUCCGGCGGCUCCCCCGCCCUCACCGCCUCCAACCCCGGCCUCGUCAAGGUCCUCGGCGGCGCCGUCUUCCCCGUCGGCCUCAUCAUGAUCGUCCUCCAGGGCCAGGAGCUCCUCACCAGCAACAUGAUGAUAUUCCCCAUGGCUAUCCUAAAGGGCGCCGUGCCCUGGUGGAGUCUCCCGCUCAACUGGCUCAUCGUCACCUUUGGCAACCUCGUCGGCAGCCUCUUCUUCGCCGCCAUCCUCGUCAAGUACACGGGCAUCAUCUCGACCGCGCCGUACGACGCGUACGUGAUCUCGUUCGCGCUCCACAAGGCCCAGGAGCCCCAGUGGUACCAGAUCUUCCUCCGCGGGAUCGGCUGCAACUGGCUCGUCUGCAUCGCCAUCUGGCAAGCGGCGGGCGCGCGCGACACGCUCUCCAAGAUCGUCGCGAUAUGGAUCCCGAUCAUGAUCUUCGUCUCCGCCGGGUUCGACCACGUCAUCGCGAACAUGUUCUCCGUCCCGCUCGGGAUCAUGUUCGGCGCGCCCAUGACCGCGGGGUACUACAUCGGCAAGUCGCUCGUGCCGAGCUACCUGGGCAACGUCGUCGGCGCGCUGCUCGUCGCGCUCCCCGCGACGUACUUCUACCUCUGGGACUGGCGCGCGGGCGGCCUGCGCGGCGCCGAGGAGGGCGAGGGCGGGCGGGACAGCGAGAAUGGCGAGGAGGGCAAGACGUAUGCGGUGAGCGCGCAGGGGGCGUGA